AAGGGUUUACAGGGGUAUACAAGGGUAAACAAAGGUUUACAGGGGUAUAGAAGAGUUUACAGGGGUAUACUAGAGCUACAGCCACAUUCUCGGGACAUUAUAUAUAGUCUUACAUAAAGUAGUGACCGUGUUAUGCAAGGUCAUCGUUCGGUGGUUUUUUUUGCUGAGCUGGGUAUUUAGCAGCUCGUUCGUUAUCCUGGCAAAACACUGUCAAUUUUAACUCUCUGGGCUACUUUUGCUGACGCCGUGAAAUUCUAAGCCGCGUGGUGUUUGGCGGAGAAUUCAUACAGGACUCUUACUUUUGCAUAUGUGUUAAAAAUCAGUUUGUACAAUAAAAGAAAAAUGGAGCAUGGAGAGAGUGGAAGUAAACUUCCAGAUUCUGUGGACUCAUCUCUUUUUACUACCAAUUCCAGUGGAGAAGAAGGUGAAGUUAGUAGAGGAUAUUAUUCUCUUCCUACACAUCGCUUUACAACUGUUGUCCAGGUGGUGUUACUGUUUGACUUGGUAUCUUCUCUUGCACUCUGGCUUUGUGGUGGAGACAACAACUAUAUGGAGGGCAGUGUUAAGCAUUUCAAAAUAAGAGACUCUGUGUUUGACUUAGCAGCAAUAGCAUUUGUGAAAUCCAGCAUUCUCUUUUUUGUUUAUCCCUGGCUUGAACAUUUGUCAAUGAAGCAAAUUGACCAUCCAUAUGACAAAGGACUGGCAUCCAGGAAAUGUUCUUGUCACUUCCUUGUAAUAUUUCUGAGUGUUGGGUCUCUGGCUUAAAGCACUACUAAAGGUGUUCUUAUCUACAAAGUAAGAUCAGAGAAGGAGCAUAAACUCCACCCAACCUAUUACGCACUGGUGAUAAGCUCUCUUGUAUUUUCAUUGCUGGAGUCUGUGUUUUCACUGAGUAGCUUUGUUGCCAUGAGAAGAUUGAAAGUGCUACGGAUUCUUCACACUCCUAAUGAUGCUGAUUCCAACAAGAAGCGAAAGGUGAAUUUGAGGAGGUUGAUGACUCUAGCCAAACCAGAGCUUUUGGUUAUAUCUGUGGCAUCCUUAGCUCUUCUGGCCUCAAGUGGAGCUCAAAUUGCUGCUCCCUAUUUUUUUGGGAAAGUGAUCCAAGCUUCGAUGGAAAAAGGCAUGAAGCAUCUUAAUGAGACAAUUGCGAUCCUUGCCCUUGUCUACCUUGGAGGUGCAUUAGCAGCACUGUUAAGGGCAUGGCUCUUUACUCUUUCUGGACAGCGGCUUGUGGCUAGGAUUAGAAAGCAGGUAAGUAGUUGUGGUUUGCAGUUAUGGUUGGUUUUUAAGAGGGGACUCCAAUAUGAGAAGGUCAGGGAUCCUUGUCAGAAAGUGAAUGUGUCCAUGUUGCUGCGAUACAUAAUUCAGAUCAUUGGUUCACUGGUGUUUAUGUUCACUCUCAGUCCCAAGCUGACGGGAGUUCUUAUUUCUGUAGUGCCUAUUGUGGGAAUCGGAGCUCAGCAAUAUGGGCGGUUUGUGCAGGGGUUACGAAAGAAAUUUCAAGAUGAGCUAGCAGCAGCAUCAACAACUGCGGAAGAAUCAAUUGGCAACAUACGAACUGUUCGAUCAUUCUCUCAGGAACGAAAAGCCAUGGAUAAUUAUAAAGCAGACAUUGACAAGAGUUACAAUGUUGGAGCUAAACUUGCCCUUGCUUCAGGUUUGUUUCAAGGUGUUAUUGGUAUCAUAGGUCAGGGUGCAGUUGUGUUGGUCUUAUGGUAUGGUGGUAGUCUGGUCAAUCAGGGGGCAUUGAAUGUUGGUAUUUUGACAGCUUUCAUGCUCUACACUCUAAAUGUUGCCAUGGCUUUUGCCUUCCUCUCAUCUCUGUAUGGUGACUUUAUGCAGGCAGUAGGUGCAUCAGUACGCAUGUUUGAGUUGAUGGAUCGCUUACCAUCCAUUAAUAUGGAAGGAGGACUAACUUUGCCCUCUGUUAAUCAAAGUAAGUUCGGUUUGUCAUUUAAACUUAAACCUGGUGAGACUGUUGCACUGGUUGGACCUUCUGGAGGUGGUAAAUCUACAGUGAUUAGCUUACUGGAGAGAUUCUAUGAUCCUAAGUCAGGCAGUAUCUCUAUAGGAGGAACAAACUUGGGUGAACUGGAUCUAUUCUGGAUGAGGCGGAAGAUUGCUCUUGUAAGCCAGGAACCAGUUUUGUUUGCCACAACAAUUGCUGGUAACAUUGCAUAUGGACGUGAAGCAACACAGGAAGAGAUAGAGGAAGUUUCCAAACAGGCAAAUGCUCAUAAUUUCAUCACUGCAUUUGAGGAAGGAUACAAAACCCAAGUUGGUGAACGAGGUGUGAAGUUGUCUGGAGGUCAAAAACAACGUGUGGCUAUUGCACGUGCUCUUCUGAUGAACCCUGACAUUCUUUUGCUUGAUGAGGUAACAUAUAACUUUGGUUUGAUCAAUUAAUAUAAGGAAUCAUUACAUCUGCACAUCAAUACAGUGACAAUUAAUGUAUUUGUGUAGCAUAUAACAUCCCCUAGUUACGGGUAAAUAUUAAGUCCCCUCCAUUGUGCACAUGCAGACAAGAUCAAUUCUUUUUGUAGGUUGCAGUGACUGUUUUCACUUGUUUAACAAAUCGAAAUCAACCACAUUUUCAUGGUCCA